CACAUCCUUUCUCGGAGCUCUGCUCAGAGAUGCACCAACGAAGGAAGGCAAGUGUUAAAUUCAUGCCUGGAAGUCUGCUACUGUAUCAAUGGGAGAAUCCAAAACUGCUGCAGAGUACGGAAACACUUCACAUCUAUGACAGAGGCUGAACGAACACGUUAUGUGGAAACCGUACGACGGGUCUCAACGGAAAGUGGGUAUCGCCAGGAGUAUCGUCGUAUAAUAAAUAUGCAUCAGAGGCUUUUCAGUACAGGAAUUCAUCAGAAAGACCAAUUUCUACCAUGGCAUCGAUGGUAAUUGACUCACAAUGCAACUUUUCCUUUAACAUUUAUUUUUUAUCAUUAACCUGUAUAUUCCAAAUACAGUUGCCAUUCCGUCGAGCGUCAAUACUGUCUACAGGCGGCAGGAUUAACAGUCGUUUUUUUUUUUUUUUCUGAAAUGUUUCAAGUCAGCAAAACCUGCCACCGUGUGCAAAAAAAAGGUUUGUUUUUCUACACCACUGGGGGAAAAAGUCUUGAGGGAGAAGUCAAGUGCUCACUUGUUCGUCCUGAGCAAUCGAAGCUAACAUUUAGAGGGCAAAAGUCAUAGAAGAUAAUCUGACCUUGAUUAUAUGAUGAUUACCAACUUCUCAUGCUUCUGAUCUAUCAUUUAAGAGAAAGUUCCAUUAUUCCUUGGUUGAUCUCAGGAGCUCGCUCGUGUCUCAAGAUGUACGGGCCUGAAGCCAUAUUUUAAAACCAAAAUAUUGUCAUUUUCCCGGCUUUAAUCAGUCUAUGGCUAUGUUCUCACUAAGCAUUUGCACCGGGACGAAUACCAUGCAUACCUGCUAGGACAUCUGCACACACAGGAACAGUGAUUUCUGUUACGGAGCAUGACUAUGUCGCGCCCUCGCCGAUCUGGCUAUAAAGUGAAGAGUCACAUAUCAGAUAGGUGUUCAUGACAGUACUAUAGCUAAUAGGGCUUUUCGUGUUGAAAAGUAAUCUGGUGAAGUGUGAACACAGCCUAAUAUGUAUGGAAUGCAAACAUGGCGAACAUAAAACAACUUUUGUCGCCAUAUCAGUACAAAAAAGAAACGGUCAUUCCCAGAAAGGGACAGACUGAGUAUUUGUUGCAUAUAUGACCAAGAACGAUCACAAAAGUUAAGCGAAACACUGGAACUUGUUUUUUCUCUAUCUGGUUUAUUUCUCUACUUUCUUAUCACAACAGGUACCUUCUUCGGUACGAAAACUUGUUGCGUCAAGUAGAUUGUCGAGUCACUCUUGCCUACUGGGACUGGAGUCUGUUUUCCAUGUCACCCUGGCAUAACACCAGUGACAGAAUCUGGUACCCAGGCCCAUCUGGUCUUGGAGGCAACGGCAGUGAUGGAACUAGUGGUGGCUGCGUCACCGAUGGACCAUUUUCUAGGAACGUUUGGCGUAAAACAAAUGGACGAUGUCUUAGGAGAAGAUUUAGCGGUGAGAAACAGCUUAUACCUACAUUUUCAAUCCUUUUUUUUUUCUUUUCAUCUCCAGCUCCAAAUCCUGCCAACAGAUCCUUUCUUUCCCUUGCUCGAAUUUGGCGCACUCAAGAAAGACUCAUGAAUCGAGUGAGAUCCUUUUUGAGCAUGCCCAACACGUUGCCAGAAUAUAGGUUUCGAAUCCAGGCCUAAUGACCGUGCGCUAGCUACGGCGGGCUCAGUUCUGACCAUUGGUUUAUCAAUGAAAGGAUGCUCGCACUCGAAAAAUCAGUUUGUCGAGAGAAAAAAGAUUGACUAGUCUAGAAGGUCAAACUGUGGUGAUCUCAAAGGCUUGACCGGAUACAGGCAGCGUCUCUUUUUUUCCUCCUUGAUCAAGACGACAGAAGGAGAGUUUGCUGGCAGGGUGUCAGCUCCAUUUCCACAGUGUUUAUUUUGCUCUCCACAUGAAAUGCGUCUGGCUUUCGGAUGUUUAUAAACACAUUUUCCAUUGUCCUUCACUCAGAUUUUUUUCAAUUUUCAUCGAUUGUGACAACGUGAAUAUCCACCUGUCUAGCAGUAUUAUUGGUCUGCUUCUCGUAUUUUUUUGGUUCUUUUCACUAACAUUGCCCUCAUUAUUUAUUUUUGCGACACAGGAUUGCCUCCCGACAUAAUAGCCGUCUACAUAACUCAGUAUUUUCAGCCUACGGACGACGGCUUCACCAGGUUUGAGCUUAACCUUCGAGUCAACCUCCAUGACACCGUGCACUGCAGAGUGGGAGGAGACAUGUGCCGGAUGACAUCAGCCAAUGCACCAGAGUUUUUUCUCCACCAUGCCUUCAUCGACAAGAUUUGGGCCAACUGGCAGGAGUAUAGCCAUCAACACAUGAUAGCACAUUUCUCUAAUCUAAGCUUCGUAAUGACUGGAACAAGGUGGUAUCGACCUCGCGACUUCAUAAACACCCACGAUUACCAGAUAUUCAAAUACCCCAAAAUAUAG